ACCACCAGAGUGAAAGAAAGAAAUUUAAACUAUUCAAGGGGUCCGAGAAAUCAGCCAGAACUGCUCUUUCACCUUUUUCCAACGAGAACCUUUGAGAAGGAAAGAGCAUCUUCCUCUUUGAUACUCGACCUGACCGGGAAGUGGAAGGUGGGAAUGCAGGAAGGAGCCACCCAACUUCCUCCUGCUAGACGCACCUUCUUCUCCAGCCUUUUCACUUCUCAAAGGUAUAUAGUUCCUUACGCUCGUCCCCUGUUCAACUUGCACCUUCAUUUUUCACUUACUGGAGCCACAAGUGCCUCGAGCAGCACAACCUUUGUCCCCUCAACGCUGGAUUUCUCAAGUUUCACUCAAGAUAUUGAGAGACUCUGGCCUCAUCCUCAUCCUCAAACUAUCCCAUCUCAUUUUCAUCCACUAGAAAAAAACCUACACGGUAAUCAAGACACCCGGGAGAUUUCCGAAGAUGGACCCCAUACUCGACUUCCAGCGGCUGCUUAAGGCAGGCUUGUUCAGCGACUUUACCAUAAUCUGCCAGAGCACGGAGAUUCGUGUUCACAAGAUUAUCCUCGGCGCUCAGUCGGGAUACUUUGCUGCCUUAUUUAAAAGAAACAUGAAGGAAGCACAGGAAGGUGUCGUCACCUUUGACGACAUCGACCCGGAGGUGAUGAAGCACCUCGUCGAAUUCUUCUACAACGAAGACAGGAAGUUCACCUUUAAUUCGUCGGAUUUGAAGACCAGCGUGAGCGUUUGGAUCUUGGCCGAGCGUUUGCAGGCGACACAAGCUAUGCAAGAGCUUGAGGACCGCUUGAUCAACCAUCUUCAGAGCUACGAAAACAUGAAGGCCGCAGUUGAUGAAAGUCUUCGAGACAUGGUGUUCUCUCACCCAGCCUGUGCCAAGUCUGACGUUGGUUUUAUGUUUGCAGUCGCCACGUGGGUUGUUUUUGCAAAGAGUGAUUGUGCGACAACCGCUCUCGCACCCCUCACUAAGUACACCGAGCUGAUGCACAAAAUGCUCUUAUUCUCUCAUCACUAUAUGAAAAAAAGGGGGUCCAUCUUCGAUGCAUGUGAGUCGAUCGAGACUUUUGGUUCUGGACUCGAAAAAUACAGGGGAUGGGAUAUCAUCACAGAGGUAAUCACCGAGUGCAUGUAAAGCCCGAUAUAGGUACGUUACUCUUGAAACCAAGUGCGGAAAGUCGCUGACGCGGGUAGCUUUCUAGCUUCGGAUCCUCACCGGGAUAUCCUACUCGAGGUUUGUUCUCAUCUCGGACACUUCUGAGGAGCUGGGGGAGGCCUAUCAAAGUAUGGUGGUGGAUCAUUCAGCGAACCACUUCGCCAUGGAAUGGGGUAUACCCCCUGGUUCGGUUUCUGGGAUAGUGGCGUUUGUUUGGAUGUUGACGUUGGGGGGGGAGGAGGGAGGUCGGGCUAAUAUUAGCGAUACAUGUCCUCCGAUACACACCGGACGAUUCUAAUCCACACGAACCUGCUCUGACUCUGGACGUUGUCGAGUGUGAAGUGCUCC